AUGUCGGAAACAGACCAGGGAGUGACCGAGUUCGUCUUCAUGCACGUUGCCGAGGGCUCGCAGCCCGGCGAGGGCCAUGAGAACUUCUUCGGCACACCUAGAGCACCGGGCUUCCUCAAUGCCCGCUACGGCUGGCAGGUUGAGGACCCCAGUGUGUUCCACUGGAUAAUAAACUGGAGAAGCCUCGACGACCACAAAGCUUUCAUGACCAGCCCUGAAUACCCUGCAUUCGUCCAGAAGAUCACACCCUGGACAUCCAACCUCUCGCUCUUCCACGCUGCGCUGCACCGGCACCCGCCUACCGAGGUGUUUGAAGGAUUGACCACGGAGCUGGUGAAACUGCACCUGAAGGAGGGAGUAACGAAAGAGGAGAUGACGAAGACAUACCAUAUUUUCGAGGAGCGCUUGAAGAAUGCAAAGGGAUAUCAUGCCCAUGCUGGGGGGUGGUCGAUCGAGGAUGAUAACUGCGCGGUCAUUGUCAUUAAGUGGGAUGAUAAGGACGCGCAUACGGAUUGGGUAAAGUCGGAAGAGGGGGAGGAUAUACUUAGAGGGAAGGAGGGGCUUCUGUGUAAUGUGGAUAAGAUUGAGAUGUGGCAUAUCAAUGAUGCUGGUCCAAUUACCCCCCCGGAGUAA